AUGUCGGAGGCGCGGAAGGGACUGGACGAAGCGGACGAGAGCCAGUAUGACUCCGGCAUAGAGUCUCUGCGCUCUCUGCGCUCCCUACCCGAGCCCACCCCGGCCCCAGCCUCCGGACCCUCGGACGGCGGCGACCCUCAGCCCUGGACCCAUCCACCGGGGACCGCCAGGGAGCCACAGGAGAAGGAAGACGCAGAUGGGGAACGGGCUGAUUCUACCUAUGGCUCCUUCUCGCUCACUGAGCCCCUUUCCUUUCUGGGAGGCCCCGAGGCCAAGGACUCGGCCCCAGAUUCGCCGCUGCCCCCUGCGGGGUCGCUGAGCCCUCAGCAGCUGGAAGCACUCACUUACAUCUCUGAAGACGGAGACACGCUGGUCCACCUGGCAGUGAUUCACGAGGCCCCAGCGGUGCUGCUCUCUUGCCUGGCUUUGUUGCCCCAGGAGGUCCUGGACAUUCAGAACAACCUUUACCAGACAGCACUCCAUCUGGCUGUACAUCUGGACCAGCCGGAUACAGUUCAGGCUCUGGUGCUGAAGGGGGCCAGCCAGGUGCUACAGGACCGGCAUGGUGACACAGCCCUGCAUGUGGCCUGCCAGCGCCAGCACCUGGCUUGUGCCCGCUGCCUGCUGGAGGGGCGGCCAGAGCCAGGCAGAGGACCAUCUCACUCCCUGGACCUCCAACUGCAAAACUGGCAAGGUCUGGCCUGUCUCCACAUUGCCACACUGCAGAGGAACCAGCCACUCAUGGAACUGCUGCUUCAGAACGGAGCUGACAUUGAUGCACAGGAGGGCACCAGUGGAAAGACAGCAUUGCACCUGGCGGUGGAAACCCAGGAGCGGGGCCUGGUGCAGUUCCUGAUCAAGGCUGGUGCCCGGGUAGAUGCCCGCAUGCUCAAUGGGUGCACACCUCUGCACCUGGCGGCUGGCCGGGGCCUCAACAGCAUCUCAUCCACUCUGUGUGAAGCGGGUGCUGACUCCCUGUUGAGGAACGUGGAAGAUGAAACACCACAGGACCUGGCUGAGGAUCCCCUUGUUCUCUUGCCCUUCGAUGACCUGAAGAUCUCAGGGAAGCCACUGCUGUGUACUGACUGAAGCCAGGGCAGGGUCUGGGGCCC